AUGCCUUCCAAUCCAAGCCGACUAAACAGCAACAUCCCCGACAUCGACUCCGACUCAGACGAAUCCUUCCACUCCCUCCAAGACGACCCCCAACCCUCCACAAACCCAACACCCACAACCCCCAACCCUCAACCCAAACACACCCCCACCGCGCCCAAACCCACCUUCGAACGCUUCCCGCCGGAAGAAGAAGCGACCCUACUCGCCUCAUCAAACUCCAUCAAAGGCGAAGGAAACCAACAAUUCGGCAAAGGCUCCUUUUCCAGCGCAAUCCAAAUCUACGACCGCGCGUUGGCGUCCUGUCCGAAUUACCUGGAUUACGAGCUCGCGGUGCUGAGGAGCAAUAUCGCGGCGUGUCAUAUUAAGUUGGAGGAGUGGAAGGAGGCGGUGGAGAGUGCGGAGAAGGGGGUGGAUUGUUUGGAGCGGUUGGAGCCUUUGCCGGAGGUGAGGGAGAAGGGGAAGAAGGAUGAGCAAGGGAAGGAUGGGGAUGUUGGUGGGGUGGAGGAGGUGGAUGAGGAGUUGGAGGAGAGGAUGAAGAGGCUUCAGUUGUCGGGGCAUACACUGGCUGAGAUUCGGAAUCUGCAGGUGAAACUACUCAUGCGAAGGGCGAAGGCGAAGACUUCUUUAGGAGGAUGGUCCUCAUUACAAGGCGCGGAUGAGGAUUAUCGGAUACUGCUGUCGCCCGCGAUGUUGCCGUGUCUAUCGCCCACAGAUCGGAGGAACGUCACAGAGGAAGCGAGGAAGUUGACGCCGAGACUGAAUGAGGCGAAAGAGAAGGAGAUGGCUGAGAUGAUGGGCAAGUUGAAAGGGCUGGGGAAUUCGAUUCUCAAGCCCUUUGGGUUGAGUACGGAGAACUUCCAGUUUGUCAAGGAUGAGAAGAGUGGAGGAUAUAGCAUGAAUUUCGAUCAGAAUGCUGGAAAGAAGUGA